AUGCCUGAUGGCGAGGGCGUACCGCAACUGGUAGAUUUACAUGAGCCUGUGGAUGAGGAGUUACUGAAGACAAGAAAUGGUGCCAACAACCAGUACUGGUUGUUUACCAGGCAGAACCCCAACAACCGUCAGGUGAUCACCCACGGCAACGCGAACACUAUUAGGAACUCGAACUACAAUAGGAACCGGCCCCUCAAAGUAAUUGUUCACGGAUGGAAUAACAAUGGCAACACCCAGAUGAACCCCCUCAUCACAUCCGCUUUCCUCGCCGUGCAAGAUGCGAACGUCAUCGUAGUAGACUGGAACCGUCUCGCCAAUUCUAAUUACAACACGGCCGCUGCCGGCGUUCCUAAUGUAGGUCAACACCUUGGCAACUUCCUGGUAUGGCUCAUCAACACUGGCGGUGGUAAUUGGAACAACGUUCAUUUGGUGGGCUUCAGCCUUGGCGCCCACGUCGUCGGUAACGCCGGCCGCACUGCCGGUGGCCGCGCAUCUCGUGUUACUGGAUUGGACCCGGCUGGCCCGCUAUGGAGUGGUAACGGGAACGCGCUGGGCCGCAACGCCGGACAAUAUGUCGAAUCUAUCCACACUGACGGUCACAUCCUCGGUAUUAUGAACGCUAUCUCGCACGCCGACUUCUAUCCGAACGGUGGUAAGAACCCGCAGCCCGGCUGUUGGGUAAGCACCUGCUCUCAUGGACGCGCAACUGAGUUGUUCGCCGCCAGCGUCCGCUUCAACCGUUUCGUCGGCAGACGGUGUGCGAAUAUUUGGGAGGCUGAACUAUCAACUUGCGGCGGAGCAAACUUCAACAUGGGCAACGCAAUCAUUAACAAACGAGGAAGCUUAACGACAUCUAGCGUCAAACGGACUAGCGGAGUAGUGAAGUUCGCGCGGGUUUGGACCGACAGCGACCCCACCCACGGACUAGCGGCAGGAGCGAACUUCGCGCGGGCCCUCCGGCACCGCAGCGGCACACAU